AUUUAAUUAAUUUUAAAAAUAUUUAUUAAAUACUUUUAUUGAUCGAAGUUUAAUACCAUUCAUUUUUUAUUUCAUCUUAGUGACGUUUGAAAUGUUCUUGCUCAAACAAUAGUUUUAGAACGUCGUACCACUCCUAGGUUUUAUUUUGAUAUGGUGUUCUUGAUUUUUUAUUAAUUGAGAGUGAAUUAGUGUGUUAAUAAUUAAGAUAAUGUGCAUAUCAUGAGUUAAAAUGUGUUUCUACGGCCGCUGCAUAUAGAGUUUGUCAACCUAUUGUCAUUGAAACAAUAGAAUCCUUUUGUUUACAUGGUAAAAUGCUGUGACCACAAUGUCCGGUGGAAAUUCCAAGGGCAAGGCCCGCUCCAAGCGGCACGAGGGCUGGGAGGAAGCCGGCGGAGAGUUCUACCAGGAGUUGUACCCUGGAGCUGAACAAGAGCUGUUCGAGCACCUCCAGAGGGCUGAUGCUGCGAAGCUGGCCACUCUGCUGCCGUCGAAGCAGGCGAGGAAUACGACAACCGUGAAGAGGGCUCGGUCACAGAAUGAACGGCGGCAGUCUACCUUCGCGCGAACUACCCAGAGCAGGGACAUACAUCUAUCCAUGAUGCCAGACUUAUCAGAAAACCUGUCGAACGAGGAGAGAACAUGGGAGGAGAUCAUGCAGAUCAAGGCCAUGCCGGUGCCCAUGAACCAGAAGAGGGAGCUCAAGGCAAAGUUGCAGAAUGCAACCAAAUUGCGUCUGCAAGGCCUAGAGAACAUCCACUGGCAACAGAGGAAAGUAUGGCACCGUUUCCGCAUCCGGUUCGGAGAAAUCCUCGGAAAAUUGGAAAUGUGGCAAUCGCCAAUGAGAGAGAUAGAAGGCACCUUUGGAACCGGCGUGGUAUCAUACUUUCUCUUUCUAAGGUGGCUGCUAUUCCUAAACUUAGCCAUAUCUCUGUUCGUGAUACUAUUUCUAAUUGUACCAAAGACUGUUCUAGUCGAAACCACAUACGAUUGCGACGAAUACGAAACUAACUCGACCGUUUGUUGUUCACACGCGUAUUUAAAUAGGAAUCUUACUGAAUCCAAUAUAGUUUUAGACGUAAUUCAAGGCACUGGAUGGAUGGAGCGUACAAUAUUGUUCUACGGUGUUUACAGCGACCAAAUAUACACUUACUUCAUUAAAACCUUUUGGGAGACCCAUUUGUAUUACAAUAUGCCUCUAGCUUACAUCCUAGUACCCAUAACUUGGGCGUUACUAUCCCUAAUAGCUAUAGUUAAAGCAGCGGCAAAAGGUUUCAAAGAGAAAUUAGUUGAAAGCGAAGGACAGUUCUAUCUUUACUGCAAUUUAGUUUUCGGCGGUUGGGAUUUCUGCAUACAGAACGAUAAAUCGGCGAAAAUCAAGCACAAAGCUUUGUUUAACGAAGUAAAAGGAUGUCUGGAAGAAGAGAGGUUCAAAGAGGAGAAGCAGCUGAGAAGUAGAGAGAGCCAGAUCUUUUUACAUUUGAGGAGGAUAUUGAUAAAUCUAAUAGUGCUAAUCAUACUUAUAGCGUCAGGGGUUUUGAUAUACGUGUCAUUCAAUUAUUCCUUGGAUAGACUCAGCGCUAAAACAGCGAUUCAAGUAGAUUCUGAUGGACCGGAUAAGUUAUACGUGAACAGGACUUGGGAGAAACUGGCUAGCCAUUUGUCGAUAGACAGAAAUUACCAAGUGCUAGGAUUGUACAGAGAAAGUUCCUUUUUAGAGCAACUGGAGAAUACUCUAUUAGAAUUCCUACCAUAUAUAUGUAUCGUAGUUUUAAAUUUGAUUGUGCCCGAGAUAUUUAACUACCUGAUAGGUUUUGAGGAUUAUUUGCCCGCUCGCGUCAUAAUAGUCACUUUAUUAAGGACCGUGUUGUUGAGGCUGUCUUCUUUGGCAGUGCUUUUGAGUCAAAUUUACAUGUUCAUUGUUUCGAAUGAUUUAACUUGUUCGUGGGGUAAUGAUGAGGCUAACGGUUUAGAAUGCUGGGAGACUUAUUUGGGCCAGCAGUUGUACAAGUUGAUUUUAACCGAUUUCGCACUCCAAUUCGUUACAACUUUCCUGAUAAAUUUGCCUAGGGCAUUCCUAGCUCGCCAUUCCUCCAGUAGAUGCUUAAAAAUUAUCGGUGAACAAGACUUCUACCUCCCUAAACACGUUCUAGACAUAAUCUACGUUCAAACCAUCAUAUGGAUGGGCUCAUUCUUCUGUCCAUUUCUACCGAUUAUCGGUACAGUGUAUUACUUCCUGAUAUUUUACGUGAAAAAGUUCACGUGUCUCACGAACUGCACACCAUCGCCUGUAGUUUACAAAGCGUCCAAAUCGAAAUCUCUUUUCAUGUCAGUGCUUUUAUUAGGGUUUGUGGUAUCGAUAACGCCUGUUGCGUAUUCCGUUGCGGAAUUGCUUCCAUCGGUUAACUGCGGGCCUUUUAGGGGUUAUAACACUGUUUGGGAAUACGUUAUAGAUACUUUUGAAAGAUUCCCGUUGGUUUUACGGGAAUUUGUAUUCCUUUUGGGCACUUCGGUGUUUGCUGUGCCAGCUUUUGCGCUGUUACUGCUGUUCUUAUAUUACUAUUGGGCUGUAGCUACAGCUAAUAGGCAUAUGGUUAGCGUGUUAAAGAACCAGUUAGUCUUAGAAGGGCAUGAUAAACAAUUCCUUCUGAAUCGCUUGAGCGCUUUCAUAAGACAGCAUCAGAAAAGAUGCGAGAGAAGGAAUAGGGCUAGUUUUGCUGAUGACGAUUCGUCGAUAAGACAAAGCUCGAGGUAAUUCGGCUAAUUUGUAUUGUAGAUGUUAUUGUAAAAUAAAGAAGCAACAAACGUAUCCAUUUUACGUAGUCGCGUAUUACGAGUAAGGUAGGUUUUGAUAAAGAUUAAACUGAUUUGUAAAACCCAGUAAAGUUAAGACUAUUUUGUGUAUUGUUUUUUUCUUUCGUUUAGUGACUAAAGACUGUUGUUAAUUUCCUUUCCUUAGUGAGGUUCUAUAAUAGCUUUUUAGUGACAAAUUUCAAGAAUUAUCCGAGCAGCGACGCUUUAUAAACGUUGUAUACAAGGAAGUUAUAUAACUUCCUCGAUUGUAUGUAACUAUGUUUUAUUGAGGUUAGGUUUAUGGAAAUGUCUGUUAAAGUGAUAAUAUCGAAAACUUCAAUAUGGGGGCACAUAUUAUUUACACAAUAUUUUAAUCAGUGUUUUUGAGAUUUAUGUUUUUCCACAUAAUAUAUAGGUUGUGUUUGUGUCACAAAUAAUAAAUAGACAUUUUUUUACAUUUUAUUCUUAAAGCUUAUUUUUAAAGUCUGCUGACUACUACGUAAGAUUAUAAGCAAGAAAAUUCAACCAUUAUAUCCGCUGAGCCAUUUAUAAAUAUAUGUGUUCAGUAUAAUAGAUAAAGUUGAAUUUUUAUUUAGUUAAUUUUAGCUCUCUGCAACAGCCGCUUAAAUGCAGAUUUUUUAUUUAUUAUUUUAUUUAAAUAAGUACACUUCUACUGUUUAUUUACUAUACGAGUUCCUUAUUUCUUUUAGCUAUGUGAUUGAUAAAUUGGAUAAUUUCUGUGAAAAAAUUUUAAUACUCGAUUUCUUUACUUAGUUUAAAAACUCAAAAAAAAAAAUAGAUUUUAUAAAUUCACUCAAAAUCUUUCCCAUCAAUUUUUAUAAUUUACUAAAAGGAAUUUUUUUUUUUUCUAGAUUUUAUUAAAUGAAAAAAUCAAAAGUGUGACGUUAAACAGCUCUGACGUAAUCGCCAUAAGUCACAAGUGUGAGUGCGAUAGCAAACUGCACACACACUCCCUCUCCUUGUCUAGUUAUAUUUGAAGUACUACUUCAACGAUAUUAAAUACCCUACAUACACCACGUAUCUAGUCAAUGUUUGUUAAUUUAACUCAUUUGAAGUAAAUUUUCAUCUAAAACUUACUAUAAACUGAUUUGAUAUAAAAAUCAGUCGGUUAUACAUCGCCAUAUAGCCGUCUCUUUUCCUCGCGGUCCGUGCCUGCUAUAUUGCUAACAGCGCGUUCAGAAUUGCGCGUAGAGUCAAAGAACAAAGGUCUAAAUUCUUCCGAAUAUAGCAAUAAGUCGUAAAAUUUUACGAGCUUGCAUUUCGAACUGUCAGGAGUCCUUGACGCAUGCGUUUUAUUUAAGACCUUAUGCAGUAUGUAUUAAAGGUUACUUUCAAUAUUUAAAUAAUGCUUUAUAUUGAUUUAGACUACGCGAUCAUCUUACGGAGCUCCGUGGAUCGUUCAAUGUACCUUUUGGACAGGUUUCGGGCACGAUUUUGUUCGUGUUGGUGUAUCUAGGGUAUUUAAUAUCGUUGUACUUUUUAUUUUUCUUUCUUCACAGAAAGAUAUCUUUAUUAUUCAGUAUAAUAUAAAUAUAUAAAAAAAAUACAUAAUAAUGAGCAAAUAUUUUUAAAUAAUUAACUUUCAUUUUAUAAACACACUUAUAACUAAAUAAAUUAUAUACAAAUGCUAAAUAUUAACACUCUUCCCAGGUAUUAUCCAAUUUUUCUUUGAAAUACUCGUCCCAUUCACAACGUAGGUAGUAUUGUUUGCAUUUCUUAUUCAGGUAAGCUGUGUUUUCCUAUAUUUAUUUAAUUCUAAUAAAACACAUGUUUGGUAUGUACUGUAUCUGUAUAAAACCUGUAAAUAGUAUUUAAUAUAUUAGAAACACAGAAUAGAGAUCUCAAAAUAGCUAGGGUAUAAUAAAUAAUAUUUGUACAUUUGACUAAGUAUAUUUAACUGUACUUAUAUAAUAUGUAGUUAUUUUCACGGGUGGAUUCGACCGCACAAUAAUAUUGAUAAAUAGGUUUAUUUACUUCUUAGAUUUCACGCACAAAAAUCGUUUGAAAAUCACUUUAAUCACUUGCCAAAAUCUCAGUUUGGUGGCUAGAGAGAAUUCGAAAAGUCAAGAAUAAUUAAAAAAAACACUAUUUUUACUCGUUUAUAAUAAAAAAAAGUCGUUUUAUUAAAUGUAUUAUAUAUUAAUUUUUAGCGUAAAUCAUAUUUAUAUGAUUUUUUUUUCAUGGUAGUAUUGCAAUAUUUUCAGUUUGUAGAGCUCAUAGGGUUACAAUAUACAAAAAGGGGUUGAUUUAAUUUUCUGGCACUUCUAAAAAGAAUAUUACUGUAGUCUUUGUAGAGGUAACAUUGGGACUUUGUAUUUGCUCAAUUAAUUAAAUAACCUCAUAAGUUCGGAUGUCAAUAGAUUUAAUGUAGUAAUAAGGUAUUUAGUUUCAAUAUAAAACUGUUGGGAUUAUUCAAGAAUGGUAGAUACAGAAUUGAUUUAAUUUUUCUUUUAAAUUUGACAGUUUUUUUUACCAUAUUUUAAUCUAAUACAAUUCAGUAUAUGUUGUACAUUUAUUGCUAUAUUUAUUUCUUUUGAUAACUAAGAUAAAAAUAUUUGGUCGAAUUCGCCCUUUUUAAGAAAUGAAUCAAUUUGUAGGAAAGUUUUUUUUCUUCAAAACACUGUUUUUUUUUAAUUUUAAGUAUUUUUUUUGUAAGUACAUAAAGAAGAGAAAAAUGACAAUAGAAGUUUAGUUUCAUGCAAACGUAAAUUUUAUACAUUUGAACAGAAAACCCCUUUCCUAUAAAAAGAUUUAUUGAUAAGAAAAGAAAUCCAAUUUUUGUUACCUUUAUUAGAAUAUACAUCUACGCACUGUCUCUACUAAAAAAUAUACCUAAUCGCAGAAAAAAGUUUGAUUCACAUUAAUAAAGUAUUUAUUGAAUAAUUUAUAUGAACACUGCUUUAUUUGAUAACGCUGUUGUUUUACUGAAGAGUAGGUGAUUCAAUUCUGUUCUUGAAAGUUUUGUUUUAUUAGGUCAUCAAAGAAACUGUUGUCUUCCAAAAUAUAAUUUACUUAAAAUUAUAAAUCUGUGCCAUGACAUGACGUUAAGUUAUGACAGCUAAAUUUGUUAACCUGGACUCCCAUGACAUUGUUAAAGGCUAAUUUUAUACUUACUUAUUUUUAUUAAGACCCUUAUUACAUACAUACUUACUUAUAUAUUGUUCAUGUUCAGGAUGUUAUAUUAUAGCUAUUAACGGGAUUGUUACCAUGUACCUUG